CGCUCUUCAUGUGAUUUUCUAUUCACUCAUUCACCACCUCUAUUCCAUUGUUUUUAUUGUUGACCAGUCCAUUUUUGGCAUUGUUCUUCAUUGUUCGCCUCCCACUUCAUGCAUUCCUUUCUUCCCAACCUUGUCCCCAUUUGCAACCUUGACAGCCUCUUUUUCACUUUGAGACCUCAAUUUUCUCCCCGAAUACCCUCCCGCACCAAUUUUUUCCUUUUCCCAGCCAUUCUACCACUUUGCAUCUGAGACAGAUAUCGCUUAACCGAAAGCAAGACACGAAAACGCGACUGACCCGAUUUACAUAUACAUAGUCCGCCGCUGGAUCUACUUCAUCAACAACUCCUUUUGAACAACUACUGAACCCGAUUCCCUGGAGGACAUCACUCAAGUGGUACUACAUCAUGAUGGGUCUCUCAACGAUCCUCACCACCGGCCUUUUGGCCUUGCGCUUGUUCGCCCCCGUCAGCGCUGCUCCUUCUCCCAUUGCCGCCGAGGCAUCCCUCUCCGCCAGGGCAGACUCCACUUGGUGGUUUGCGAACAUCGAGCGCCAGGGCGCCGCCGCCUACGGAGCUGCAGACUACAAGGUCUUCCGCAACGUCAAGGACUAUGGCGCUACUGGUGACGGCAGCACCGACGACACCGAUGCUAUCAACUCAGCCAUGUCUGAUGGUAACCGCUGUGGCAAGGGCUGCGACUCCAGCACCGUCACUCCCGGUCUCGUCUACUUCCCUCCCGGUACCUACGUCGUCUCCAAGCCCAUCACCCCCUACUACUACACCCACAUGGUUGGUGACAUCAAGUCCCUUCCCGUCCUGAAGCCUUCUGCCGCCUUCACUGGCAUGGCCGUCAUCGAUGCCAACCCCUACGAAUCCGAUGGCAGCAACUGGUUCACCAACCAGAACAACUUCUUCCGCCAGAUCCGCAACUUCAAGAUCGAUCUCACUGGCAUGCCCAAGACCUCUGGUACCGGUAUCCAUUGGCAGGUUGCCCAGGCCACGUCCCUUCAGAACAUCGAGUUCAUCAUGAUUGAAGACUCAAGCGAGGAAAACGCCCAGCAGGGUAUCUUCAUCGACAACGGCUCCGGUGGCUUCAUGACCGACCUCACCUUCACCGGUGGCAAGUACGGCGCUUUUAUGGGCAGCCAGCAGUUCACCACCCGCAACAUGACCUUCAACAAGUGCAACACUGCCAUCUACAUGAACUGGAACUGGGCCUGGGCCUUCCACGGCGUCACCAUUGACAACUGUGGCGUCGGUAUCGACAUGACUUCCGGCGACGGUAGUGUUCAGAAUGUGGGCUCUGUUCUCCUCCUCGAUAGCACCAUCUCCAACACCCCCAUCGGUGUCGCUACUCUCUACGACCCUGCCCAGUCUGGUGGCACCAACGGAACCCUCAUUCUCGACAACGUCGACAUGUCCAGCAACGUUCCCAUUGCUGUUAAGAACACCGGCACCGAGGCCACCAUCCUUGCUGGCAACGCCAAGAUUGAGUCGUGGAUCCAGGGCCGCACCUACAUUGACGGCAAUGGCAAGACUGUCCAGGACACGCAAACCGCCGUCUCCAAGCCUGAUGUCCUGAUUGACAGCAACGGCCACGUCGUUACCAAGAGCAAGCCCCAAUACGACGACGUCGCCGCUGACAAGUUUGUCUCUGUCAAGGCCAAGGGUGCCAAGGGUGACGGCUCCACCGAUGACACUGCUGCUAUUCAGGCCGUCUUUGACAGCAUCGGCACUGAUGAGAUUGUCUACUUCGACCACGGUGCCUAUGUCAUCACCGACACCGUCAAGGUCCCCAAGAAUGUCAAGAUCGUCGGUGAAAUCUGGCCUCUGAUCAUGGCUGGUGGUGACACCAACUUCAAGGACCAGGCCAACCCCAAGCCCGUCUGGCAAGUUGGUGAGAAAGGCGAUGUCGGCAACAUUGAGAUGCAGGACCUCAUGUUCGAGACCCUCGGUCCCCAGCCCGGUGCCAUUCUCAUGGAGUUCAACGUGGCUGGAGAGACUGCUGGCUCCGCUGGUCUCUUUGACGUGCACUUCCGCGUUGGUGGCUCUGCCGGUACAAACCUGCAAUCCGACACUUGCAAGAAGACUCCCAAGGUUGACACCAAGCCUGUUGACGAGUGCGUCGGCGCUUUUAUGCUUGUGCAUGUCACUUCCGAGGCCAGCAUCUACAUGGAGAACACCUGGCUCUGGGUGUCUGACCACGAGCUCGACUUGUCUGACCACUCCCAGAUCAACAUUUACAACGGCCGUGGUAUCCUGAUUGAGAGCACCAAGGGCUGCUGGCUUUGGGGUACCAGCUCUGAGCACAACGUCCUCUACAACUACCAGUUGACCAAGGCCUCCAAUGUCUACAUGUCGCUCAUUCAGACCGAGACCGCCUACUUCCAGGGCAACCCCGAUGCGACCGUUCCCUUCACCGUCAACUCAGACUUCUACGACCCCGACUUCUCUACCUCGUGCACUGGCGACUCGACCAAGUGUGCCCGUACCUGGGGUGUUCGCGCCGUGGACUCGUCUGACAUCUUCAUCUACGGUGCCGGCCUCUACAGUUUCUUCAACAACUACGACCAGGUCUGUGUCGGCGAAAACAACUGCCAGGACAACAUGGUCAGCAUCGAGAGCUCCACUCUGCACCUCUAUGGCCUGUCUACCAAGGCCAGCGUCAACAUGGUUACUGUGGAUGGAUCUUCCGCAGCUCUCGACUCGGACAACCGCAACAACUUCUGUGCUGCCAUCGGUCUCUUCUCUACAACCAGCAACGGUCAGAGCGACGGUGGCAGUGGCAGCUCAGACUCUAGCUCUUCUAAGGCCAGUGCGAGUAAGACCACCGUGGUGAACGAUGCAGCCUCCACAAAGCCUGCGGUUGUGACCUCUGCUGCGGCGACCUCUGUUGCAGCCACGACUGUUGCGACCUACGUCUCCGUGACCACAGUCACUGUCACGAAGACAGUCGUUCAGACCAUUUACCCUACCGCCUGAACAUAUCCUCUACAAACGUACAUAUUGAAGGAGUCGCCGCAGAAGUGGUUGUUACCUUAUUCUUUUCAACAGUUUUUUUAUGUUUCUUUUUCUUGGUACCGUAGUGACUGAUUGGGUUUUAAAAGUCACCGGGAUUUGGAGUUCGGGAUAGCGACGCAAUGCGCCAGGCAGGGGCUCGGGUGAGCUAGACGGGGUAGCUAGAUGAAUUAAAUCAAAGCGCUUCCCUUA